UCAAUUCAGUGGGCACCGUUGAACAACAUGGAACCAACUCAAAAAGGUCGCUCCACAGCGAUCGAAAAGUGGAUCCGCAAGUUGGUGGAGUGCUCCCAGGAUCCCUUCUGGUUGUUGGACAAGUUAUUGGUUCUCGCCGGAGCUCCGUUCACACCCCGGAACCGUUCGCAACGCAUCGUCUGGAUUCUGUACCAAACAACGACCUAUUUCCAACUGUCGAUUUCCUUAGUUUGUUCGAUCAGUUUUGUAAUCUUCGAGGAAGAUUCCGUGACAGUCAUCCGCACUUUUCUGAUGUUUCUUACGAUGACUCUGAGUUUUGUCAAGCUACAUUUGCUCUUGCAAAACAGUAGUGGAAUCUCUAAGCUUCGAGAUUUACUUGAAGCGCCCGGUUUCUGCUCUGGAGACCCGGACUUUGAUGAAUCCGUGCGGAAACGAUUCAAGCGGACAUCGCGAAUGCUCAUCAUCACAAUCGCUUGGAUUGUAAUGGUUCAACAAAUUCUUUCUUGGAUUCCCAGCGAUACGCAAGGCAUAAUUUUCAAACUUCCUGCGUGGGUCGCUUGGUGCUUUGGAGAUAGGGUGUCCUUAGUUAUCAAAAACUGGUACAUGUCCUUAUGUUUUACAAUUUGGUGUAACAAGCUGUAUGCAUGUACCAUAACGGUAGUGGUUGUAAUGCUUGGCCUCGAAGCAGAGCAAACUAUUUUGGCUCACAAAUUUGGCCGAAUUCAGGAUAGCUUGCAGAACCUCCGUCAAAGCUAUUGGGACCGUGAGAUUGCCAGGAAACAGUACUGGGAGCGUUUGAGAACUCUAAUCAGGGUAUCUUUUGACCAGCAGCAACUGCUUCUGAGACAUCUCAAGGAGCUACAAUCUCUCGUACAGAAUCUCUUCUUCUAUGUUUACUACUCUGCCUUGAUUCUGUUUGGAUCAGACAUAUUCAUAGCUACGAGCAAUCCUUCGGUUUUUAUGUACGUCGCAGUGGCCGGAACGGUCCUUGUUAGUUCCUUGGAAUGCUUCAGCCUGUGUUACCUGGUGGAUUGUCUGAAGGAUGCUUUCGAAUCGAUAUCCGAACACAUGUUUUAUCUGUGUGCCCGGCUUCCUUACUCGGAGGAUCAUCACAACGAUUACUUGGACACGCGGGCCACCUUGCAGAUCAUCGCAAGGUGCUCUCGUAACGCCGUUACGUUUGGAUGUGCUGGAGUUUCCGAAAUUUCUAUUGCCGUUUUCACGGACAUGCUCAACAUUUGCUACUCAGUGUUUACGUUUCUGCGUGAGACGAUUUAAGGAAGCCGCCGCAAGCGGAAAAAUUUCAUAUGUUUGUUAAUAGAAGAAAACUAAUAGGAGCACAAUAAAGAUUCACUAGAUUCAGCACCUCCAAAAAUAUUUCGUUAGCAUUUAUUUUGACAGAAUCUCGUAUGAAAUAAAUCAAAGCAAAACAUGUGUGGGAAUUUAGGGCCAGCCAUACUGGCCAGCCCUUGAUGAGGGUGGUGAUAUUGAAUGAUGUGAACUCCGUCGAUGCUCAGAA